CGCAUUAAACUUAUAGUUUUUUGACAAUGGUCUUUCAGUUAUAUUGAGAUACAGCAGAGUCUAUCACUAUGAUCUACUAAAAUGAAUAGUUUAUAUGCACUGUCAUUAUCUUGAUAUGCAAACAAGAAUAAAGCACUCUGUCUGCUAGACCAAGAUAUAGCUGCUCACAAAUUCAUUAUUUUAUAACUCUUGUCGUAUUUGUAAUAAUAUUUUUAUGUCUGUGGAAGAACCUUAUAUAACACAGUCACAAACAUUCACUUGUCUGGUACUGACUCAAAUUAUCAAAAUGCUAAAUUUAGUUUCUGUAAAAAAAUUCUAAACUCUCUAGUUUGUAGUCAAACAUUAGAAGGUUUAGGCACUGAGCGGGAGUGAAACUCACUAAAAAUAAUCUAGAUAAGCCAAGGAUGAAUAGGUCACAGAUAUAAAUAAGUAAAAGCAACUUGUUGGUUAUUAAAACUGGUGUCAUUAGUGUUGUACCCAAGGGUUUGGAAGUAUACUUUUUUUAAUUUUCUGUGAUAUUACCAUUUGUUAAUGGACUAUUACAUAUCUGUCACUGUUGUGCAUUUGGCAAUGAACAUAUAAAAGCAUAACUAUAGAACGCUGUUUUAAAUAUAAUUAUAACCAGAAACCUGCCAGUAUCAUCUUUAUCUAGACAAGAGAUGUCUCCUAAAACAAUUUUAUUUUAUUUUUGCCUAACCGUCAUAAGACAGUGUGUGAAGGCUGUUACAGUAGUAGAAGUUUCAGCUGGUCAAUUAGCAAUACUGCCAUGCCCGAGCAGUGAUGAUGAUCAUAGAUUUAUGUUCUGGCAAUUAAUUGAUGAAAAAAAUAUUAUUGGUCCAGGAAAUCAUAUUGAUCAAGAAAAAUACAAUUAUGAAGUGCUGACAGGGAAACUGUACAUCAAAGGUGUAUCUACUGCAGAAGAAGGUUUUUACAGGUGUGUAUCAAAAGGCGUAAUAAAUGAUUCAGCUUUUAAAUCUCAAGUGGUAGAGUUGAUAGUAAAAAAGGAAUCCAUGCUUGGAGAAGAUUCUUUUGAGACUAAGUUACUGACUGGAAUGGCUGUUACGACAGUUAUAAUUGUUGGAAUUGCUAUAAUACUUUUUGUACUACUCAUUAAACAUAGACGAACUCAAGGUUUCUUUGAUUUAGAAGACUCGCGCGAAAAUUCACCUGCACGAUAUGUAAGGACCAUGCAAUCUACACCCGCGAUUUCUGUUCCGAAACCUAUAGAAUCUGAAGGUAUUGAUAAUUUUGGUAUGGAAGUUGAUUUUCCAAAGGUAUUUCAACAAAUGCAGAAAGGAGAAACAAUGAAGAUGUGAUGUGAUUUAUAAUAUAGUUAGAAUUGAAGCAUGGAAAAUACUACGGAAAAACGACAUGUGAUCAUUUGAGUCUUUAUAUUAUUGUUUGUAGCAGUGUUAAACUAAGUAGACUAUUUUUCUAAUUACUUAUUAUUAAUUAGUUAUUCAACCAUUUGAUGAAGAACUUGUUGCAUACGAAUUAUCAAAUUGAACUGUACAAAGUGUAAUUAUUGUAUAUAAGAUGUACUGAUAUUAUAAAUUUUGUUAAAUAAAUUUCUUAACAUGAUUUCGUUGCUGACUAAAAAAUAAAUCUUCUUAAAAUACUAUGUAUUAACGUUAU